GAAAUCCGUUCUGCGAUUACAGAACAUGGGAGUCUAAAGUCGAAUAUUGUUGCGGAAGUUUGGAGCACCGAAGUCAGAACAUCGUCAAUGUGGCUUUUGCCUUGCAUGCUGGGCAGAGAAGAAAAGCCUCCACCAUGACGUCUACUUUUCUAAAACUUUUUGCAGCUGGGUUUUAUGGACUUAGCUCGUUCUUUAUUGUUGUCGUGAACAAAAGUGUCCUGACGAAUUACAGAUUCCCUUCGUCGCUUUGUGUGGGAAUUGGACAGAUGCUGGCCACUGUCAUUGUGUUGGGGAUGGGAAAAACGUUCAAAGUGAUAACUUUUCCUGACUUUGAUAAAAGCAUACCACGCAAGACAUUUCCUCUACCACUUCUUUAUGUCGGUAAUCAAAUAUCAGGACUGUUUGGGACAAAACAACUGAAUCUCCCAAUGUUCACAGUGCUCAGAAGAUUCUCAAUUCUGUUUACAAUGCUGGCAGAGGGGAUUCUGCUAAAAAAGACAUUUUCUCAGGCCAUUCAGCUUACAGUAUUUGCCAUGAUUUUUGGAGCUUUAGUUGCUGCAAGCUCUGAUUUGGCCUUUGACCUGCAAGGCUACAUAUUCAUAUCAGUCAACAAUGUAUUGACUGCGGCCAAUGGGGCAUAUAUGAAGCAAAAGCUUGACUCCAAGGAACUGGGCAAGUAUGGGCUACUAUACUACAACGCACUGUUCAUGCUCAUUCCCACUACUGCUUUUGCGUUUUUUACUGGGGACAUGCAAAAGGCGCUGGAUUAUGAUGGCUGGUCAGAUAUUCUCUUCAUUACUCAGUUUAUACUGUCAUCUGUUAUGGGGUUUGUUUUAAUGUAUUCCAUUGUGCUCUGCACUCAAUACAAUUCUGCACUGACAACCACUAUUGUGGGUUGCAUCAAAAAUAUUUUGGUUACCUACAUGGGGAUGUUCUUUGGCGGAGAUUACAUCUUUAACUGGGUUAACUUCAUUGGAUUAAAUAUUAGUAUUGCUGGCAGUUUAGUGUACUCGUACAUCACCUUCACAAAGGAACAAGACCAGAAAAGUAAAAAAAUCUUAAGAUUUAAAAAAAAGCUGGAUAUAACUUUGAAGAGUGUCCACCACCCACCACCAUAUAGAGCAACAACAUCAAGGAAACUGCUGAGGCAUUUAUGUUUUACAGCUAAUUCACAGAUGUGUUCAUAACUUUGAAGUGUUCUUUUGGAAACACUUGGAUACCUCACAUUUUAAACACUUUUUUAUCCUGAACAUUGAAAUUAUUUUAAUUUUGUGUGUAUGUGGGCAUAUUUGAACCUAAACAUGGAUCAAAUGGUUCAAUUUCACAUUGAAAACAGAAGUGUUAUUUAUAGUUAUCGGGCUCUUUAGAUGUGCUGUUGUCCAAAUAAAGUCCGGGAAGCAUUUUGCACCGUGAAGUUGCAUAAA